AUGCUGGGUCAUGAACUGCGGCCGCCAGUGGACCUGCUGACAGGAAGACCACCUGAUGAAAAACUUCUUGAAGAAACCACCAGUUACAUCAAAAGCCUCCAAGAAAGGUUGAUGGAGGUCCACCAUCAAAUUCGAGGAGCUCUGGAGUUCUUAGAAGAAGGGUCAGUCACCGAAGCUGCAGAGUCCAUGGGAAGUACCACACACUGUAGUGGAACGCCUUUCAGAUGUGACCUACCGGAUCAGGGGAUGAAGAAAGGCUCAGCCGAAGGUAGUCCACGUCAAUCGUCUGUGGCAGUAUCAUGGGUCAGGGCAGUACACCUGGGAAGACUCCGAGGAGUAGCCACCUACCAAAGACGAGGACCAGACCGGAGAUCCAAAAAGAACUCAGGACCAUACCAAUCCAGGGAACCCGACCAUGGACCAGGAAGAGGAGCACUGUUCCCUCUACGUGGAAUUGGACGUGACAGAAACACGAAGGUAAACAAACACGAAGGUAAACAGAAACACGAAGGUAAACAGAAACACGAAGGUAAACAGAAACACGAAGGUAAACAGAAACACGAAGGUAAACAGAAACACGAAGGUAAACAGAAACACGAAGGUAAACAGAAACACGAAGGUAAACAGGAACACGAAGGUAAACAGAAACACGAAGGUAAACAGAAACACGAAGGUAAACAGGAACACGAAGGUAAACAGGAACACGAAGGUAACCAGAAACACGAAGGUAAACAGAAACACGAAGAUACAUUCAACAACCUGAACAUGCUCCGUGCCUGCCAUAGUGUGACCCGCCACGCGAUCUGUUAA